AUGAAUAGAUAUGUCGGGUUAAUAUUAGCCAUCCUAUCGACAAUGGCCAUUGGCACGAGUUUCGUGAUUACGAAAAAGGGUUUAAUGCAUGCUUCCGAACGGCAUGGCUUUGAGGGAGAGGGAUUCUCAUACUUGAAGAGUCCGAUCUGGUGGGGAGGUGUCGUCACACUGGCCAUUGGAGAAAUCGCCAACUUCGCCGCUUAUGCAUUUGCGCCUGCGAUCCUGGUUACGCCUUUGGGCGCACUCAGCGUGCUGAUCGGCGCGGUUCUUGGUUCAUACUUCUUGAAGGAGCGAUUGGGUGUAUUGGGUAAACUGGGUUGUGCAUUGUGCCUGCUCGGCUCGGUUGUCAUUGUUCUCCAUGCGCCCCCUGACAAGCCUGUUGAGCGAAUAGAUGAGAUCUUGGCGUACGCCGUGAAGCCAGGAUUCCUCCUCUACUGUUUCGCCGUUGCAAUAUUCUCCACGGUGAUGAUCUACCGGGUUGCUCCGCUGUACGGAAAGAAGAAUCCUCUUAUCUUCAUCUCCAUCUGCUCGACCGUUGGCUCGGUCUCCGUGAUGUCCGUCAAGGCGUUCGGCAUUGCGGUGAAAUUGACCAUCGGAGGCAACAAUCAAUUCGUCCACGCAUCUACUUAUGUCUUUGCCAUUGUUACUGGCUUCUGCAUUCUUACUCAAAUGAACUAUUUCAACAAGGCGUUGAACUCGUUCUCGACCUCGAUUGUCAAUCCUCUCUACUAUGUUACAUUCACGACUGCCACGCUCUGCGCUUCCUUCAUCCUCUUCCAAGGUUUUAAUACCACGGAUGCGGUCAACACAAUUUCCUUACUGUGUGGAUUCCUCAUCAUCUUCACUGGAGUGUAUCUCCUCAACCUUUCUCGGCAUGACCCCGACGGCCGGAAUUUGGUUCCUGCCAAGUUCGACGACGAAGGCGUGCCCACCGACGGCAUCGCCAGCUUCCAAACGCGGAGGUCUAUGCAAUCCCGCCGCAGCUCCUCGAGUAUCGCUUUCGUGAACGGCCACAGCGAUCGAGAAGGCCUGAUCCACUCGUACGAUAUCGAGAACAACCACGCGAUCGGCCUAGACGACUUAGCGGACAGCGACGGGGAGCCCGGACCAACCUACGCGCGACGUGACGAGCGCGAACGGACUGUUAUGCACACAAAGCAGAACGGCCAGGUCUAA